GGCUGUCCAAGUAGGCAUCAACGGUUUCGGUCGUAUUGGUCGUAUCGUCUUCCGCGCUGCGAUCAAGCACGGAAAGGCUGAUGUCGUUGCCAUCAACGACCCUUUCAUCGACCUCGAGUACAUGGUCUACAUGCUCAAGUGUAAGUGACAUCGCCGAUGACUGUGGGUCAAGCGAGUCAGCGGUUCGUGCGCGCUCUGGACUGAGGCAGAUGCGCCCGGCACUCAGCACAAAUGCUGGGCUCAUGUCUGUGCGACUCUUCUCACAUGUGACCAGAGCGUCGCACCGCAUCGCACUGCAUAUGUCUCGUGGCGGCCGUGGACAUUCGGGCAGCGCGCUGAUUUUGCCUUGUCUCAUGUCGGCUACAGACGACUCCACCCACGGACCUUUCCAGGGAGAAGUCUCUACCAAGGAUGGCAAGCUCAUCGUGAACGGCAAGGCCAUCCAGGUCUUCGCUGAGCGCGACCCCGCCAACAUCCCUUGGGGCAAGGCUGGCGCUCACUACGUCGUCGAGUCCACUGGUGUCUUUACCACCACCGACAAGGCUGCUGCUCACCUGAAGGGCGGCGCCAAGAAGGUCGUCAUUUCUGCUCCUUCUGCCGAUGCGCCCAUGUUUGUGGUCGGUGUCAACCUUGACGCCUACGACCCCAAAAUCCAGGUCAUUUCCAACGCUUCUUGCACCACCAACUGCCUGGCGCCCCUCGCAAAGGUCAUUCACGACAAGUUCGGCAUCGCUGAGGGUCUCAUGACCACUGUUCACGCCACCACCGCCACUCAAAAGACUGUGGACGGCCCCUCCGGCAAGGACUGGCGUGGCGGACGAAGUGCCUCGACCAACAUCAUUCCCUCUUCGACUGGUGCUGCCAAGGCCGUCGGCAAGGUCAUUCCUUCCCUCAACGGAAAGCUCACCGGCAUGUCUUUCCGUGUUCCCACCACCAACGUCUCCGUCGUUGACCUGACCGCUCGUCUGGAGAAGGGCGCUUCUUACGACGAGAUCAAGGCUGAGAUCAAGCGUGCCUCCGAGAGCGAGCUCAAGGGUAUCCUUGCCUACACGGAGGACGAUGUUGUCUCUACCGACUUUAACGGCAACACCAGCUCUUCUGUCUUUGACGCCAAGGCAGGUAUCGCUCUCAGCCCCACUUUCGUCAAGCUCGUCUCUUGGUACGACAACGAGACCGGCUACUCCAACAGAGUUAUUGACCUCCUGGUCUACGCCGCCUCCAAGGAUACGGCGUGAGCUUCAUUAGUGUGUUCUUCAUUGGUGCCCCACUGUCCCGCCAGGUGAG